AUGUCUUUCAUCCGGAGCUCCGUUUUGACCAGCCCUCGGCUCCGCCUCUUUCCUCCUCCCCGCCGGCCGCUCCACGUGGGCCAGCGCGCCUCCCUCACCAAAGUGUUCUCCGCCCGCGACGUGCAGCUGUUCGCCGAGCUGACGGGCGACAACAACCCCAUCCACCUGGACGCCGCCUACGCCGCCACCACCUCCUUCGAGGCGCCCAUCGUCCACGGCGUGCUCAUCAACGGGCUGAUCUCGGCCGUGCUCGGCACGCGGAUGCCCGGCCGCGGCUGCGUCUUCCUGCACCAGGAGAUCCGCUUCCCGGCGCCGCUCUACAUCGGCGAGGAGGUGCUGGCCGAGGCCGAGGUGCGCAGGAUCAAGAUGGCGUUCGCCUUCAUCGCCGUGACGUGCUCCGUCAGGGACAAGGUGGUGAUGCAGGGGGAGGUGAUGGUGAUGAUGCCCGAGAAGGAGCAGCAGAAGGAGUGAGGGGGGGGGGGGGGGGGGGGGUCAGAGGUCAGCAGUGGCGCGCGCCGUCUCCGCAUAUUUUGUAGUUUAUUGAUCGGCCACUUUGAGACGUCGAAGCUCUGAGGAUUUAUUUGUAUGUUCUUUUUGUGAGAUCUACUCAGUAACUUCUUCAAUGUGUAAAAUAUUGUGUGUGGAAUAAAAAUCUCUUGAGUUCA